CAAGUAAGAGAGUCCAGUGCUCAGUGUUUUAGCAACAAAGCAAAAAGGUUAGAAAAGAAGGCAUGGCUGUAAAGCUCAACUACUUCGCCUUUCAAUCCUUGGCUCUCCGAUCGGCGAGAGCUCAGGGAUCUCCCAAGGUAUCUAUGGCUUCCACUAUGUACUCCAGCUCUAAUGCUAACCUAGUCCGUCCCAUGAUACCAGCUGAAAAGCUUGAAAUCUUCAAAUCCAUGGACGACUGGGUGAGGAGUAACAUCUUAACUCUCCUAAAACCUGUUGAGAAAUCUUGGCAACCACAAGACUUUUUGCCAAAUCCUGCCUCAGAUGGAUUCAUUGAGCAAGUCAGUGAACUCAGGGAGAGAGCAAAGGACAUUCCCGACGACUACUUUGCCGUCUUAGUCGGCGAUAUGAUCACGGAAGAAGCCCUUCCAACUUACCAAUCACUUUUGAAUGGCACAGAAUUAUUUUACGACGAAACAGGUAGCGAUACUACACCUUGGGCAACAUGGGCAAGGGGAUGGAGCGCAGAAGAAAAUAGGCAUGGUGAUCUUCUCAACAAAUACCUCUUCCUUUCCGGGCGAGUGGACAUGAAACAAAUCGAGAAGACGACACAAUAUCUGAUUGGGUCGGGAAUGGAUUUCGGCCCGGCCAGGACAAGUCCCUGCUAUUUAACUAUCUACACAUCGUUUCAAGAGAGAGCAACAUUUAUCUCCCAUGGUAAUACAGCCAAGCUUGCCAUGAAGCACGGGGACGAAAAGCUUGCCCAAAUAUGCGGCACAAUUGCCGCCGACGAGAAGCGCCACGAAACUGCUUAUACAAAAAUGUCUGGGAAGCUUUUCGAGCUUGAUCCAAAUGAAACAGUGAUGGUCUUUGCGGACAUGAUGAGGAAGAAAAUAUCAAUGCCAGGCCACCUGAUGUACGACGGCCAUGAUGAAAAUCUUUUUGAUCACUUUGCAAAUGUUGCUUCUCGAAUUGGUGUGUACACGGUCAGGGACUAUGGAGACAUAUUGGAACAUUUGGUGGGUAUAUGGGGCGUGGAGAAACUAACUGGACUCUCGAGUGAGGGACGAGAAGCACAGGAUUAUGUAUGUGGAUUAGCUCGAAGACUGAGAAGGGUAGAGGAAAGAGCUCUAACAAUGGCGAUAAAAGCACCCACCGUUUCUUUCAGCUGGAUUUCUGGCAGGGAGGUGUAGCCAAUGCAUAGAGUUGGUCCCUAAACCCUGCAAUAUGUUAGAGAUCGAUGUUAUCAAAGACAAAGCUUUCUUCGUUCAAAAUGUUAAAGGCUUCAAGACAAAGCUUACUACUACUACUAAUACUACUACUAGUACCCAUAUGCAACUUAGGAGAGUUUGCAAUAAAUUAAACCAAAUAUUUGUUAUGAAGUACUGUUUGUUCUUGUUCCUUUGUGAUAGCUUUUCUAGUUGUUGGUUGAAUAUAUAUAUAUAUAAUUCUGUAUUACGUGUAAGGAUCGAUGAUGCUAAACAUAUAUACAUGAAGUACUUCUAUGA